CUGUGUUCUCUGAGCAAAACGGUUGUUAAUAAGAUUAUCUCUUGGCUAAGGACUAGGUAGUUUUUUUUCUGAGCAUGCUCUAUUCAGAAUUGAUGAAAUAUAAAAAAGUGAAUUAUUUUGUAGACGGCGUCGCGGAAAACGGAAAGAGAUGCCGAAUGACGCGGACGUCGAUAAUCCGUCGACUUCGAAAGAUCAACCGAGUUCGUCGAGGAAGAAAGAGGGUUGGUUUUGGGGGGGCUUUCCUCGGGCCUUAUAGUGUAUGUUGCACUCUCAACAUCAUAAGCUCCUCUUUAGGGCUGAUUCACGGGCGAAAAAUGGUUUUUUAACAUUGCAAAAAAAUUUACGGAAAGUCAAAAAAUGUCGAAAAAACUUUGUAGGUCAAAAUUAGUUUUUCAAGGUUUUUCAGCCAAAAAUGAUGACAAUUCCAAAUUUUUGAAGCUUCUGGAGUGAUUUCUGAUGAAAAUAAGCAGUGGGAACCCUAUUUCACCUCAUUUUUAGAACUUAUUCGAAAUUCAACGUUUUUUAUUUUACGAAAAAUCAGCAAAAAUUCUGAAAAGUGAAUUCCAAGGUCAAUUUUAAUCAGAAAUCACUCCAGAAGCUUAAAAAAUCUCGAUUUGUCAUCAUUUUUGGCUGAAAAACCUUGAAAAAUUAAUUUUGACCCACAACGUUUUUUUACUUUUCGUGAAUUGAUCUCUCAAUGUUAAAAAAAACAUUUUCUAAAAUUUUUUCCGUUCAUGAAUCGGCCCUAUUGAUUCGGUCCAAAGUGGGAACUUCUGCUGAAGACCACCUAAAAAUUUAUUUUUGAAAUAACACAGGAAAAUUUAUGAGUAAAGAAAAUACGUGAACGUGAUCUGGUUUUUUUUCACCAGCAUAAAAAGUGGGGCGAACCCAACCGCAGUUCUAGGUUUUUGACUAGUGGGAACUGUUCUGGUGAGUACCUAUUUUGGAGUGAUGACCAUUUAAAUGGAAACUGUUUCAACUUUCAUAAAUUAUACGUUUCGUAGUAUUUUUCGACACGCUGCUCACGACCCCGCUGUCUAAAAUUGCUAAACUCAACUCCUAUUAUGAGAAAACUAGCUUUUUGAAAAAAUUCAUUUUGAUUCUAUCAGAUUUGCUUGAGAAUCAGUUUUUAAAGCUAGUUUUCAGCUCCUAAAAUACCGUUUUUUUGAAUUUCGCCACGUCAUAACUCAUGAUAGGGGUUGAGUUCUGCAAUUUUAGACGACGGAAUAGUGAGCAGCGAGUCGAAAACUACUAGAAAAAGUACAAUUUAAAAUAUAUGGUGGACGUUGAAACAGCUUCCUGGUUCGAUAAUCUAAUUUUUCUGAAAAACCCCAGCCUUUUUCUAGUCUGUCCAGUUGACGGUCAUUUUGUGUUUUAUCAGUUGCUUUUCGCAAAAAAACGUAACUUUCAUUUUCAUUGAGAAAAAAAGGAGAGCUGUAACUUUUCUCUUUGCUAUUCACUGAUAAAAAACGCUUAUGAUAAAAAAAAAGCCCACCACAAAACAAAAAAAUGUCGCCGAAUAGUCUGUCAAUUCUAAUUCUAGAAAAUACCCCCCGAAAAUUGCAUCGAAAAUGUGCGUCAUCAUCGAGUAGCGAAGAAGAGGAUGAAGUUGAGGAGAAUGAGCGAGCGACGCGGAAACGCGAGCGGAAUGAACGCGACGGACCACUGGAAGGGUUGAAGGAGAUGGUUUGUUCCAAGUUUCGUGUGAUUGUUUCGCAAAAUCGGCGGAGGAUUAAGACGGAUGGAUUUGAUUUGGAUUUGACGUGUGAGUUUCGGGGGAGGAAUUUUUCAGGGGACGGCAUUUUUUUUUGCUCAAAAAAAUAUCUCGCAGCGAAAAUGUUUUAAUGAAAAAAAAAUACCAAAAAAUAAGGAAAAAAUAUAGUUUUUGUUUUUUUAUAUUUUUGUACAGAAUUUUUCAGAAAAUUCCUAUUUUAAUUUUUUUUGCACAAAAAUGAACUAAAAAUCGAGAAUUUUCUGGAUUUCCCUAGCAAUUUUUGUACAGUUUUUCUUCACAAAAAUACUGUUUUCCCUGUUUUGCUGCGUGACUCCACAAAGAGCACAAAAAUGAGCCAAAAUUCGAGAAUUUUCUGGAAAAUCUCCUUUUUUGAGAGCCCAUAAUUAAUGUUAAAGAAGUUUUUCGGUUUUCCAGAAAAUUUCCAAAUUUUGGCUCAUUUUUGUGCUCUUUAUAGAGUCGCGCAGGAAAACACGGAAAAAUAGUAUUUUUGUGAAGAAAAACUGUACAAAAACACAUUUUUCGUGAUUUUCUGAGAAAAAUUAAAAAAUUUGAAUUUUUCAUAAAAACGGGGAUAGUUCAAUAGAGCGCAUUUGCCAUUUUUGGCUCAAAAUCUAUCAAUUUUGAUGAUUUUGAGCUUGAACAAAUUGCGAUUUCAGCCUAAUUUCAUCGGAAAAGCUGAAAAUUAACGAUUUUCUAACAAAAUUCUGUGAUUUUCAAUUAGAAACUGAAUUUGCGACGCAAAAUUCAUCAGGAAAAAAAAAUGAAAAUUUGAAUUUUUCAUAAAAACGGGGAUAUUUCAAUAGAGCGCAUUUUCUUAAAUCUCUUUUUUCAUUAAAAAAUUUUUUUCGCUGUGCUCUCAAACGCUAAUUUAAUUUUGUCAGCGAAAAAAAAUGGUCACGCGAGAAUGAUUUUUAUUAUUUUUUUCUCGAAAAUGAGAAAAAAAAUGAUUUUAGUGGAAAUUCCCCGUCACGCGACAAUGAUUUUUCUCAAAUCUUGAGCUAUUUUUGAAUCGGGGGAUUUUGGUUUUUGGAAAUUUUGAAAAUUAAAAUGAAAAAAAAAGAUUUAUAGAAUUUUCUGGAAAAAUUUCUUGGGAAAAAUAUGUUUCAGAAAAAUCAGAUUUGAAAAAUGAUGGAUUUUGAGUGAAAAUUGACUAAAAAUGGCAAAUGCGCUCUAUUGAACUAUCCCCGUUUUUAUGAAGAAUUCAAAUUUUCAUUUUUUUUUACCUGAUGAAUUUUGAGCCGCAAAUUCAGUUUCUAAUUGAAAAUUACAGAAUUUUGUUAGAAAAUCGUUAAUUUUCAGCUUUCCGAUGAAAAUGUGAUUUUUGAUUUGAAAUUCGCGAUUUUUCAAGCCAAAAAUCAUCAAAAAUGAUGGAUUUCGAGUCAAAAAUUGCAAAUGCGCUCUAUUGAACUAUCCCCGUUUUUAUGAAAAAUUCAAAUUCUCAAUUUUUUUUCCUGAUGAUUUUUGAGCCGCAAAUUUAGUUUCUAUCUGAAAAUUAUAGAAUUUUGUUAGAAAAUCGAUCAAAAUUGUGAAUUUUCAGCUUUUCCGGUGAAAAUAGGCUGAAAUUGUGAUUUUUCAGGCUAAAACUCAUCAAAAAUGAUGGAUUUUGAGCCAAAAAUGGCAAAUGCGCUCUAUUGAACUAUCCCCGUUUUUAUGAAAAAUUCAAAUUUUCAUUUUUUUUUCAUGAUGAAUUUUGAGCCGCAAAUUCAGUUUCUAAUUGAAAAUUAUAGAAUUUUGUUUGAAAAUCGUUAAUUUUCAGCUUUUUCAAUGAAAUUAGGCUGAAAUCGCCAUUUUUCAAGCUAAAAAUCAUCAAAAAAUGAUGGAUUUUGAGCCAAAAAUGGCAAAUGCGCUCCAUUGAACAAUCCCCGUUUUUAUGAAAAAUUCAAAUUUUCAUUUUUUUAACCUGAUGAAUUUUGAGCCGCAAAUUCAGUUUCUAAUCAAAAAUUAUAGAAUUUAGUUAGAAAAUCGAUCAAAAUUGUGAAUUUUCAGCUUUUCCGGUGAAAUUAGGCUGAAAAUGUGAUUUUUCAAGCUAAAAAUCAUCAAAAAUGAUGGAUUUUGAGCCAAAAAUGGCAAAUGCGCUCUAUUGAACUAUCCCCGUUUUGAUGAAAAAUUCAAAUUUUGCAGACAUCACUGAUCGAAUAAUCGCGAUGGGUUAUCCGGCGAAUGCGACUGAAGCGCUCUAUCGCAACAGCAUGAAGCACAUCAUUCGUUUUCUCGAAAAACGUCAUCGCGAUCAUUACAAAGUGUUCAAUUUGUAAGUUUUCCCCGAUUUCCCAUCCCACGAUCAUUUGUUCCCAAUUAGAACACUGUAUCAGUCACAUCACAUCUUCAGACGUGGACAAUACUCGUACGAUCCGGCGAAUUUCAAGAAUCGUGUCAUAUCGUUCGAGAUGACUGAUCAUCAUCCGCCAAGAUUGGAACUGAUGGCACCGUUUUGUAGAGAGGUAUGUCAAGUUGGGAAGCCUAGACAUCCUAGUUUUCGAGUGGCCGCGCCUAGAGAACCCGUUUGUCUAGCGGGCGAGCCUAGAGAACCUAACUGUCAAGUAUCCGCGCCUUGAAAGCUUAUGUAUCAAGAAUCAGCGUCUAGAGAACCUAAUUGUCCAGGAGCCGCCUCUUGAGAGGUUCCAAAGCAAGUAGUCGAGCUUAGAAAACCUAUGGGUCAAGGAUCCGCGCCUAUAGAACCUAAUUGUCUAGGAGCCGUGCCUUGAAAGCUUAUGUUUCAAGAAUCGUAGGCAAGCCUAGAGAACCUAAUUGUCUGGCAGCAGCGCCUAUAGGACAAAUCUGAUAAGGAAUCGGGCCUUAAGUGCUUCUAUAUGUCAAGUAGCGAAGACUAGCCACCCUAGUUUUCAAGUAGCUGCGCCUUGAGAACCCAAUUGUCAAGAACCCGCGCCUAGAGAAGCACUCUGACAAGAUGCGGCACCUUGAGGCCUUCUAUAACAAGCAGCCGCGUCUAGAAAGGCUAAUUGUAUAGGAGCCGUGCCUUGAGAGCUACUAUUUCGAGUAGCGAAGCCUAGCCACCCUAGUUUUCAAGUAGCCGCGUCUAGAGAACCUGAUUUUCUAGGAUCCGUGCCUAGAGAACCACUUUUACAAGCAUCCACGUCUUGAGAGCUACUAUAUCAAGUGACGAAGACUAGACACCCUAGUUCUCAAGCAGGCGCGCCUAGAGAACCUGAUUGUCUAGGACCAAAAUCUAGAGGGCCUUAAAAAGCCCCAAACCAGGCCUGUGCCGGAAAAUUUCCGGAAUUUUGAACAGGGAAAUUUUUCAAAAUCUGAAAUUUUGAUUCUCAGCCUUAAGUUGGCGCUAAGACUUAUUUUUAACUACAAUUCUUCUAUCUGAGACGUUUUACGUUCAAAAAAUCGUAAAAUUUCAUUUUUUCCUUUCAUAAACUGAGAAAAUUUCCCAAAAUUUUGGAUUUUUUUCCGAAAAAUCGGAAAAUUGAUUUUUCCUUGAAAAAUCCGGAAAAUUUCCGCCACAGGCCUGUCUAGGACCAACAUCUAGAGCCUAAAAGCCCCCAAAAAGCCUAGGUGUCAAGUAGCCGCGCCUAGUUAAUACAUUUAUCAAGCAGGCGAGCCUAGAGAAGCACUCUGACAAGCAUCCGCGCCUUGAGAGCUCCUAUGUCAAGUAGCGAAGCCUAGACACCCUAGUUUUCAAGCAGCUGUGCCUAGAGAGCCUGUUACCAACAUCUAGAAAUCCACUGUGGCCUAAGGCCCUCAAAAAUCCUUGUUCCCAACAUAUUCCCUUCCAGGUCCACGAAUGGAUAACCGAAGAUCCCCGAAACGUUGUCGCCGUCCACUGCAAAGCUGGAAAAGGCCGAACCGGCGUCAUGAUCUGUGCCUAUCUCUCAUAUUGUCAAUUCUAUCCAUCACCCCGUCAAAACAUGGAUUAUUACAGUGUGGUUCGAACAAGAAACAACAAAGGUGUCACAAUCCCAUCGCAACGUAGAUAUGUCUAUUAUUACGAUCAUCUUCGCAAACAUCAUCUCAAUUAUCUUCCACUUCGUGUUCAAUUAAUUGGAAUUUAUAUCGAAAGACCGCCCAGAAGUAAAGGACCACUAAUGAAAGAUCAAUUGAGCCUCAGAAUUGCCAAUGGUGAUGUUGAUGUUUAUUAUGGACAACCAAUGAAUAUCAGUGAUGAAACUUGGGCUGAAGAGGAAUUGGCUUGGAGUGGAGGAAAUGUGAUUGCGAGCGGCAAAGAUUCGUAUGAUCCCAAUGAUCCGUGUGAAAAUGAUGUGAUAUCGCGAAGAGCCUACGGUUGGACGGUGCCUGCUUCGAAGCCGGUGUUUCUUGAGGGAGAUGUUCGAGUGGAUUUGUAUGUGCAUCGGAAGUUUAUCAAUAUUUUUACGUCGACUGGGAGAAAUAAGGUAAAAUUCGCGAUUUUUUGAGCUAAAAAUCAUCAAAAAUGAUGGAUUUCGAGGCAAAUGCGCUCUAUUGAAAUAUCCCCGUUUUUAUGGAAAGUUUAAGUUUUCAUUUUUUUUUCCUGAUGAAUUUUGAGCCGCAAAUUAAGUUUCUAAUUGAAAAUGUGAUUUUUGGUUUGAAUUCGCGAUUUUUUGAGCUAAAAAUCAUCAAAAAUGAUGGAUUUUGAGCCGAAAUUGACUAAAAAUGACAAAUGCGCUCUAUUGAACUAUCCCCGUUUUUAUGGAAAAUUCAAAUUUUCAUUUUUUUUUUCUAAUGAAUUUUGAGCCGCAAAUUCAGUUUCUAAUUGGAAAUUAUAGAAUUUGGUUGGAAAAUCGUUGAUUUUCAGCUUUUCCGGUGAAAUUAGGUGAUUUUUUAUUUCAAAUCGCCAUUUUUUUGCGCUAAAUAUCAUCAAAAAUGAUGGAUUUCGAGCCGAAAUUGACUAAAAAUGGCAAAUGCGCUCUAUUGAAAUAUCCCCGUUUUUUCGAAAAAUUCCAAUUUUCAUUUUUUUUUUGACUGAUGAAUUUUGAGUCGCAAAUUCAGUUUCUAAUUGAAAAUUAUAGAAUUUUGUUGGAAAAUCGAUCAAAAUUGCGAUUUUUUAGCUUUUCCGAUGAAAAUGUGAUUUUUGAUUUGAAAUCGCGAUUUUUCAAGCUAAAAAUCAUCGAAAAUGAUGGAUUUCGAGCCAAAAAUGGCAAAUGCGCUCUAUUGAACUAUCCCCGUUUUUAUGGAAAAUUCAAAUUUUCAUUUUUUUCCUGAUGAAUUUUGAGCCGCAAAUUCAGUUUCUAAUUGAAAAUAACAGAAUUUUGUUGGAAAAUCGAUCAAAAUUGUGGAUUUUCAGCUUUUCCGACUUGAAUCACUAAUUGGAAGCUUCUCAAAAAUGUGAUUUUUUGAUUUUUUUUUUACAAAAUUAUGUUUUUUUCGACUUGAAUCAUCCCAUAAAUUUUCUGAAAAAUGUUUCAUGAAAAAAAAUCAAAAUUAUUUUUGCAGCUCGGUCACAUUUGGUUCAAUACAAUGUUCACAUGUGCUGGUGGAUGUGGUGGAGAACCAUAUAUUCAUGGAGAUGAAGCUCAUCCAUAUCCAGAAGGCGAGACAACAAUCGCCGAGAAGAAGCAUAAAUUUCAAAUUGGUGAUGAUGAAAAUGCACCCUGCGCCUCGUCAUAUGUUCCCAUUUCAAAAGAAGAUCACAAUGAUGAAGAUUCAGCUGCGCCGAUUCAAAAACCAUCGUUGACACAAUCGGAAAAUGCAGUCGGAACAUCGGCGCCUCUUUCGACAAGAAGUGCACAAUCGAAAAGUUCGCCGAUUUUGGCGAAUGAAAAGGCGGUGCAGAAGAAGUUGUCGAAGAAUGAGACGAGGAAGAGUAAAAUGGGAAAAGUUCGGAAAUGUGAGUUUUUUUUUGCUCAAAAAAUCAUUCUGACAAGUUGCGGCGCCUUGAGAACCUGUUUGCCAAGCAGCCGCUCCUUGAGAGCUAGUAUGUCAAGCAGCCUUGCCUAUAGAGCUUGUAUAGCAAGCAGCCGCGCCUAUAACCCUUGUAUGUCAAGCAUCCGCGCCUAGAACCCUUGUGUGGUCAAGCAGUCGCGCCUAUAGGCCUCAUGUUCUAGUUUUUCAUCUCGAAUUUCGAUUUUCAGACAAAUUUGGACUCCAAAUUCGAAUUUUUCAAAAACAAAAAAAAAUACGUUUCAAAAUUUUGAUAUAAUUUAUUAUUAAUUUUUUCUAUAUUAGUGCAAAAUUGAAACCAAGAUUUAAUGUAUUUACAAUAAUUAAAAAAAAAUUUGGAAAAUUUUCUGUCAAAAAAUUUAUUUUUUAUUUUUUUUCUUGAAUCACCGCAUUUCAGAAAAUCUGAAAUAUUAUGCAAAUUUUAUUUUUAAAAACCGAAAAAAAUACGUUUCAAAAUUUCAAUAUAAUUUAUUAUGAAUUUUUUUUCAAUACUUGACUAUAUUAUAAUCACAAAAAUAAAUUGAAACCCAAAUUUCAAGUGAGAAAAAAAAAAUAAUUAAAUUUGGAUGAAAAUUUUGAAAUUAUCGAUUUUUGGAUCAAAGUUCAUGAAAAGUCGCGCCUAGAGAAUCAUUCUGACAAGGUGCGGCGCCUUGAGAGCUUGUAUGACAAGCAGCCGCCCCUUGAGAGCUUGUAUGACAAGCAGCCGCCCCUUGAGAGCUUGUGUGACAAGCAGCCGCGCCUUGAGAGCUUGUAUGUCAAGCAGCCGCCCCUAUAGACCUGUCUAAAACCCACAUCAAAAUUUCCAGUCUUCUCCACAUCGGACGGUGCAAAAUCUCGUGCCAGCGAGCCAUCAAUCCACGUCUCUGCCAGCACUGACGCACAUCGAACCUCCAAUCCCGAAUCAAUGCCGAAUCGCCCCGCACCAAUCAACUUCAACGAACUCCAAAUCUCUCAACCACCCGGUCUCGACUCGCAUUGUCCCGACGAAUCCCUUCAACGCAUCUACAUUGACACGAAACGUCAGCCGCCCAGAUAUGCGAUCAAUAAAAUGUUGGCCGAAGCACACGAGAAGGAUAUUGUGCAGGAUAAUUAUAAUGAGCGCAGGAGAAGUGUGCCGAACGAAGGGGAACCUGUGAAAUGUGCGCCGGAUGGUAGACCCGAUGCCAAUGGGCCUAAUAGAAUUGUCAGAAAUUCUGAUGAGCAUGUGACUGUGUUCCCGAUUAUGGAGGUUGAUAGAGCGUGUAAAAAUGAAUCAAUCAAUAAUGGGUUUAAAUUGUAUGUGGUUACACGAUGUAUUGAGCCGAAAACCUAUCGACAUGCGGAAGCUUUUAUGAAUGUGACGCAUGAAAAACAGAAAAUUGUGAAUGAUGAGGUUUACGCGAAAUCGCAACGUGGAAAAAGCUACGUGGAUUUGGAGCCGAAACUCGCGGAUUUGGGAGCGGGGAAGACGUGGCCACCGGUGAUACAAUAUGGAAAUGUUGGAAUGGCUGGGAAUGGAGGGGAGGCGGAGACGUUGACUGAUGAAGUUUAUAGAAGUGAUUUGAGAGCGAGGGAUGAGCGGUAUUGUAGAUUUUUCUAUAAGCAGAGGAGGAAUUCGAUUAGUAGAUAUCCCAGUGCGAGUCAUGUGUGAGUUUUUUGGGGUUUUUGUGGCGGAAAUUUGAUUUUUCAACAAAAAUUUGAAUUUUGAGCUAAAUUUUCACCUAAAAUUUUGGCCAAAAUCUGAAAUGAUAUGUGAGUUUUCUGCAAAGCUCAAAAUUAGUCAUAUUUUUCCAAUGCAGAAAAACUAGUCUUUGAUUAGAGACAAUGCUGAAAUUGAGAGAGCAUUUUCCACCAAAAAUACUUUAAAUGAUCGAAUUUUCGCACAACACUACAUUAGGCUUCUGUCUUUGAUGAAAUUUUGAUCAUGGACAGCUUUUGGGCUACUCAACAAGUGCCAAAAUUAACUGUAUAUUUUGUUUUUUAACUCAACGAUUUUUACCUCAAAAAUGAUUGAAAAUUUGAAUUUUCAGCAGAAAUUUUUGAUUUUUGAAGAAAAAGGCAUGAAAGCAAAAAUUUUCGAAGAAUAAAAAAAAGAUUUUUAUUGAUUUACUUUUAGAAUUGAACGUUUAGAUUUCAAAAUUUCGCGCCAAGCUUGAAUUAUUGAUUUUUCUAAAUUGUUGAAUUUCAGCACAAAAAUUUAAGAAAUCAAUAUUUUUUAGUAGCUUCGUGAAAUUUUUAGCAUCGAAAAUUUGUUUGAAAUUUUCCGACAAUAUUGAAUUUUAAAGUUCUUAAGUUUUGCUAAAUUUGAAGAUUUCAAGAAAAACUUUGUGAAAUUUGAAAUUUUUUCAAGAAUUUUUUUUAUUUUCAAGUUGGCGGGAAAUUAAAAAAAUUGAACUCUCGCGCGAAUUUUUCUGAAUCAGAAGUUUCUGGCCAGAUUUUCCAGAAAAUCCGGAAAUUUUUGACCAAAAUCAGAAAUUUUCCAUUUUUUUUGCAAAAAAAUUGAUUUUUUUGCAGUUGCCCAUUAACUGGACAAUGUAUGGAAGGAUCAAUGAGAUCGGAAAGAUUAAAUACCCUAACUUCUUAUGGAGAAACUUCGAAAGGCGAAAGAGCAACAACGCCAAUUGUAAGUUCCCCUGGUUUUUCCCAUUUUUCUCCAGAAUCCCGAUAUUUUGCAGGAUAAUUCUGGUGUAAACGCCGAAGCAAAAAAUCUAGAAGGCGGCGAAAAUGCGGAAGUUGAUCUCGAAUUAGACAUUGCUGUUGACAUGGAUGUGAGAAGUUAUCAUCCUGAUCCGGCGGCUGCAAAAUGGGAACAUUCGACGAGUAGUAGAUCGAGUAGUUCGGUAGGUACUGCAGGGGAUUGCAUAAGGUCAGAAAAUCAAUUUUUCAUGAAAUAUAUCGAAAUAUAUCAAAUCAACCAUGCUGAUCUUUAUUCUGAAGUCAAAAAUUGCCUAAAAAUCCAUGUGAGCACGUUUCUGGAGCUCCGAGUUUUGGUUUUUGACCAAAUUUUAAUAAAAUAUAGUUUUUCUAGUAGUUUUCGAUCCUCUGAUCACGAUUCCGAUGUCUAAAAUCGCAGAACUCAACUCCUAACAUGAGUUAUGACGUGGCAAAGUUCAUUCGCCUCCAAAAUGAUUGUCUUAAAGAAUUAUUAGAAUCCUUAGCAAAAAUGCUUCAAACUUUAGAAUUUUCAUCAAAAAUUGUUCAAGAAAUUUUUCUUGAUUAAUUAAAUUAGAGGAACUUGUGAGGAAUUUUUUUGGGAUUUCAGAAUUUUUGAAUAAAAAAUCCAAAGUUUUUUUUCACGAUAAAGUACAGUUUUUGUUGAGAAGCUUCUUGAAAAUAUUUUUAAAAAAAAAUUUUCAUGAAAAUCUGAAGCUUCUUCUUCUCAAUAAAAUGUUAUUUUUUCGAGCAAUUUUUUAUUUAAAAAUUCUGAAUUUCAAAAAAGUUUCUCACAAGGAAUGAUCGACAAUUUGACCCCCUGGAUUUUGAUGAUUAUUUUUGCAAAAUAACCCAUUGGGCGAGUAUAUAAAAAGCCUAGGGGGAUUUUGUACACUUCGGCCUAUUUCAAAAUUCUGAAGUUUGGAGCAUUUUCACCAUGUUCCAGGGUGGAAAAUCGAUUUUUAUAACUUUCACCACACCAAAACGCGUUGAAAAAUUUUCAUCGGAAAAACUGAACAUUAACGAUUUUCCAACAAAAUUCUCUUAUUUUCAAUUAGAAACUGAAUUUGCGGCUCAAAAUUCAUCAGGAAAAAAAAUGAAAUUUUGAAUUUUUCAUAAAAACAGGGAUAGUUCAAUAGAGCGCAUUUGUCAUUUUUGGCUCAAAAUCCAUCAUUUUUGAUGACUUUCACCACAUUCCAAAACGCGAAUUCAAAUCAAAAAUCACAUUUUCCGCCAAAUUUCACCGGAAAAGCUGAAAAUUCACUAUUUUGUCGAUAAAAAUUCUAACUGUAAUUUCCAAUUAGAAACUGAAUUUGCGGUUCAAAAUUCAUUAGGAAAAAAAAUGAAAAUUUGAAUUUUUCAUAAAAACGGGGAUAGUUCAAUAGAGCGCAUUUGCCAUUUUUGGCUCGAAAUCCAUUAAUUUUGAUGAUUUUUAGCUUGAAAAAUCGCGAAUUUUCAUUUUUUUCAAAUUUCCACCCGAAUUUUUUCCAUCAAAUACAAGAAAAAAAUUCACUGAAAAAUGUCAGUGAAAAUUGUAAUUUUGAAAAAAUUCCCAAAAAUUCAUUUUUCAAAAUUAUGAGUCUAUGCAGAAUAAUAUUUUGUAAUAAAAAUAAUUUUAAAACAUUAUACAACUACAAAAAAAAAUGUUUUUAAAUCUUUUUUAUUACAAAAUAUUAUUCUGCAUAGGCCCAUAAUUUUGGGAAUUUUUCAAAAUUACGCGAAUUUUUGAUGAACUAAAAAAGGGUUUUCGACAAGUUAUAAAAGUUGAUUUUCCACCCUGGAACAUUGGAGCUUCAGAAAAGUGCCCCCAGGGAGUUUUAUGCUAAUUUUUGACUUUGGAAUCGUGAUCACCAUGGCUAAUUUGCUAAAUGACCUUAUGCACUUCCCUAAAUCACUUAAUUUUCACAAUCAAUCAAAUCGCUGUAAUAGUUUUGGAAUCGUUUCAGAGCGAAGAUGUUCAAAUGCAACCAAAUAGUUCAAUGAUGACAACUGAUUAUUCCGGUGUUGAUUCGUCGAUGAAUGAACAACCACCUGGCACGUCGCCAAAAUUUUAA